CUUCUGCAACAGAAGGCAGCCAGAGAUCUGGCCAGGGCUCUGAAGUGGUGGUCCAUAAGGAGCACGGUGAUGGCAAAAAGCCCCACCAGUGCUUGGAAUGUGGGAAGAGUUUCCCCAAGCGCUCCGUCCUGGUCUGCCACCAGAGGAUCCACACUGGGGAAUGGCCCUAUAAAUGUGGAGAAUGUGAGAAAGGCUUCACAAACAUCUCUUACCUGAAUCAUCACCAGAUGAUCUACACAGUGAUACGACCCUAUGUGUGUGGGGAAUUUGGGAAGGGCUUCCAUGACAGCACUCUCCCGAUCAUCCACCAGGCAAUGCACACUGGGAAAAGCCCCUACAUGUGCUCAGAAUGUGGGAAGAGCUUCAUGCAGAACUUCAAGCUGAUGGUCCACCAGAGGAUCCACACUGGAGAGAAGCCCUACAAGUGCGGGGAAU